GAUAGAUCCUUUAUCAUGGCCUGUUCACAUGGGGUCAGCGCUAUCAUCCGCCGGACUCAUUUUCUGAUCGACUUGGAGUCGCCUUCACCAACAUAAGCCGGGACGCGCUCCUCCAGCGUCUGCGGUGCUUCUGCUGCCAGCGACUGCGUGGCUCUCUGCUCCGAACCAAUCCACCAUGAGCGCACAAGAUACCCUCGAGAAGGCCUCCCUCGACUCGAAGGACGAGAAGAAGUCAACGUCCCACGUUGCGCUCGUUACCGACCAGCAUGUCGAGAUCACGCCCGAGGAGGAGCGUCGUCUCCGGCGGAAAAUCGACCUGCACCUCAUGCCGCUCAUGUGCGUCCUCUAUUGGAUCCAGUUCAUGGACAAGACCACGCUGGGCAGCGCGGCCAUCUUGGGGAUCAAGACGUCGACGCAUCUCACGACGAACGAGUACAACUGGCUCGGAACGAUCUUUUACCUCUCCUACCUUGCCUUUGAGUAUCCACAAAACCUUGCGCUGCAGCGGUUCCCGGUGGGCAAGUGGAUGAGCUUGAACAUCUUCGUGUGGGGCGUCGCGCUCUGCAGCCAUGCUGCGUGCAAGAACUUUGGUGGCUUGUUUGCCUGCCGCUUCAUCCUUGGCAUAUGCGAGGGGUCCAUCACCGCCGGCUUCAUGAUCGUCACGAGCAUGUUCUACACGCGUAAGGAGCAGACGCUGAGGAUUGGGUACUGGUGUCCACAAAUUGUGAUCGGCUUCAUCUCGUUCGGGUCGCUGUACAUAAAGACGGGCAACUUCAAGCCCUGGCAAUGGCUCGUCAUCAUCACCGGCAUCCUGACGCUUAUCACCUCCGUCUGCUUCUUCCUGAUGUUCCCCGACUCGCCCACGACGGCGUGGUUCCUCACACCUGAGGAACGCGUGCUCGCCGUGCAGCGCCUGCAGGCGAACCAGACGGGUGUGGAGAACAAGCGGUGGAAGCGCGAGCAGUUCAUCGAGGCGCUGACCGACCCCAAGACGUGGCUCUUCGCGGCUUUCUCCGCGUUCGACAACGUGCCGAACUCGCUCACGAACCAGCAGCAGCUCAUUAUCGCCAACUUCGGCUUCACGACGCUGCAGACGACCCUCCUCGCGAUGGUCAACGGGUUUGUGGAGAUCGCGACGAUCUUCACGGGCGUGAACCUCGCGGCGCGGCUGCCCAACUCUCGUGCGUAUGUCGGGACGAUCUAUUUCAUGCCGACGAUGCUGGGCAUCAUGCUCCAACAAGGUUGGACUCUUUUCGGCCAAUGGAUGACUGGUAUGUUCGUGCUCGCGCUCUCCUGGCUCACGAACGUCACCGCGGGGCACACGAAGAAGGUCACCGUGAAUGCGAUUAUGCUCAUCGCGUACUGCGUCGGCAACGCCGCGGGCCCGUUCAUGUGGCAGGCGAAGUACACGCCUCGGAACCACAUCCCGUGGCUGAUCAUCGGCGUCUGCUACGCGACCUGCAUGGCGCUCCUGAUGGCGAUCCGUGCGCGAGCGGAGCCGCGCGACACGACGUACGACGACGUGUACGUCGAGGUCGUCCUCCCCGACGGCGCGCGCGUCGAGCGCAAGGUCGAGAAGGAGUACUGACCUCACGGAUAUACAGAACCGGGACUUCCGGUAUGUGUGUGAGGUCCGUGCUGGCUGAUGGGGCGGGGAGGCAAGCUGAGGCGUGUGUUUAUGGUGAACGUAUUGCAUUGUAUACAUAGAAGUGGUGGUGGAGAUGCUCACGCAAGUACACUGUGCCCGCUAUAACGUUCUAUCCACUUUGGUGAUGCAGAUGCCGCGCCCCUCGCAGGCCGAUGGCUUGCGAUAGGCACCAGUUACUAACAAGUUAGG